ACUUUUUUAGGAAUUUGCUGUGCUCGUUUUGGGGCGUAGCAUUUCAAAGUUAUGGCAGACGAGUUGUCACGGUUAAAACAAUAUGACUAUGCUGCCAACGCCAACCUUGUUCUGGCCCAGACAGAAAGAAGAAGAAGGGAUCCCUCGGAACCUACUGGUGAAGUUGAACCUUUAAAAGUGAGCGAGUUGAAAGGACGCAUGGGAGACAGAGUUAGUCACGAAAGGGCGCCAGAACUUGAAGAGAGGCUGCAGCGACUACAAAAAAGUAAAAGUAUGCAGAAUAGAGGAAUAUUUGCAGAUAAGAAGAGAAGAAAAGAAGCUAGAAACCUCACGGGGGACUACGGUGACGUGAUUGCAGCUGCUCGCGACUUGGAGUUGGGAGUUUACAGACCAACGACUUCCGAAACACGAGUUGCUUAUGAAUAUUUACUCGAUUUUAUAACCAAAAGAAUUGGUGACCAGCCACAGGACGUCUUGCAUGGAGCUGCAAAUGAAGUGCUUGCGAUAUUAAAGGAGCAAAAGACAACGGAGGAACAAAAGAUAGAAGACGUAAAAGAACUUAUCGGUGAAAUGGAUGCAGACAGUUUUGCAGAACUUUCCAAUAUCUCCCGUUCUAUCACGGAUUACGGUAAGGAAGAGGACCAGUUUCAAACAGAGGAAGAAACUGCUGCGGGACAAACCAUGGACGAAGAUCUUGGCGUGGCAGUUGUUUUUGAAGAUGAAGAAAAUGAAACUGAGAGCAAUUUGGUCGAGUUGGUUGUUUUAGAUGACGACGAUUAUGAAAAUGAGGGAGAAGGGGACGAAGCAAAUAUAGACUCUACUCUAGAAUCUACAAACGUCCCAAGUGAAAUAGAUACGAAGGACAACGCCGAGUCGAGAUAUUAUGUUCACGUCCGUGAGAUUGACGGUUACUGGUUACAGCGAAGUUUGGUGAAGCACUAUUCAGAUGUGGAUAAGAGUCGCCAAGUGGCAGAACAAGUUUUUCGCAUUCUUUCGGAUGAAAGUAUGAAUAUUAGAGAGUGUGAAAAUCAACUUGUGCUUUUGCUGGGCUUUGAUAAAUUUGAGUUGGUAAAAAAGUUGCUUAUCAAUCGUUGGAAAAUAGUUUAUUGCACAAAGCUAGCUUUAUCAUCAAGUGAGGACGAGCGCAAGAUAUUGCAAGGAAAGAUGAAGGAUGAUCCUCAAUUGUCUGGAAUCUUAGAGGAACUUGUAAGUGAAGACAAUGUAAUGCAAGAGGAUAAGCGCAUGUUGGAUACGAAAGCUACCAUGAAACAUGAUAGAGAACGUUCUGCAUUGAAUUCUGAUAGUAAUAUAUUACCUGUUGUCGACUUAGAAUCUCUUGCACUUCAAGGAGGUUCACAUUUUAUGUCCAUUGCAAAGGUAGAGCUUCCAAAAGGUUCUGUCAGAGUUCAGAAAAAGGAUUAUGAAGAAGUUUAUGUUCCUGCUCCCAAAUCAAAGCCUGUCUCGGGAGAUGAGAAGUUGGUUCCAAUUGAACAACUUCCGGAGUGGGCUCGUGAGGCGUUCAAAGGCAUGCGUUCACUCAACCGUAUUCAGUCUCAAUUGUACAAAGCUGCUUUUGAGAGCGAUGAGAAUUUAUUGUUAUGUGCCCCAACGGGUUCUGGCAAAACCAAUGUUGCAGUUCUGAGUAUUUUAAGGUUAAUCAGUCAAGCUUUGGAGGAAGGAGACGAAAGUCUUGAGUCAUUCAAAGCAGUUUAUGUAGCUCCAAUGAAAGCACUUGUUGCAGAAGUGGUUGGCAAUUUGGAUAGGAGGUUAUCUUACUUAGGUUUAACGGUCCAUGAAUUGACGGGAGAUGUGAGUAUGACAUGGAAGGAAAUCAUGGAAACAUCCGUCAUUGUGACAACACCUGAAAAGUGGGAUAUUGUAACCAGAAAGACAGGAGAAAGAGCUGUAGUAGAUUAUGUGAAACUUUUGAUUAUCGACGAAAUUCAUCUGUUGCAUGAUGAAAGAGGUCCCGUCUUGGAGUCUAUUGUUGCACGAACUAUUCGGUCGAUGGAAACAUCCAACUGGAAUUGUCGCCUUGUUGGUCUUUCUGCUACUUUGCCAAAUUACCACGAUGUUAGUGUGUUUAUGAAAGUAGAUCCCAAUGUUGGCCUAUUUUACUUUGACAAUUCAUAUCGGCCUGUUCCUUUGCAGCAAGAAUUUGUAGGAGUAACUGUGAAAAGUGCAUUGAAAAGAUAUCAAGCAAUGAAUGAAAUUGCUUAUCAAAAGGUGAAACAAGAAAUAAUGGGAGGCGCGUCACAACAUCAACAGAUAUUGGUUUUCGUUCAUUCUCGAAAGGAAACGGCGAAAACUGCCAGUUAUUUUAGAGACAUGGCUGUUCAAGAGAAUAUAUUUGACUCAUUUUUAACUCCAGGUUCUGCUUCUGCGGAAAUAAUCAAGUCUGAACUGGAAAACGUAAAGAAUCAACAGUUGGCAGGACUCUUAACUCAUGGAUUCGCUAUUCAUCACGCAGGCUUGACUAGAAGUGAUCGAACCUUGGUCGAAGACUUGUUUGCUGAUGGACACAUUCGUUGCCUAGUGAGUACGGCAACCCUUGCUUGGGGUGUUAAUUUACCUGCACAUACAGUUAUCAUUAAAGGAACUCAAGUCUAUUCUCCGGAAAAGGCUAAAUGGACGGAACUGUCAGCGAUGGAUGUUAUGCAAAUGAUGGGAAGAGCGGGUAGACCUCAGUACGAUACUUCAGGCAAAGGUAUUAUCAUUACAUCUGCAAAUGAACUACAGUAUUAUUUGUCUUUGCUGAAUACGCAGCUCCCUAUCGAAAGUCAGAUGAUUGCACGUUUGGCUGACUUUAUGAAUGCUGAAAUUGCUUUGGGAACAGUGCAUGACUUGGAAGACUGUGCAGACUGGUUGAGUUAUACUUAUUUGUUUGUAAGAAUGUUAAAGAAUCCCGUUUUAUAUGGAAUCACUCCAGAGUUGGUGAAACAGGACCCAACCUUGAAACAGAGACGUCUUCAAUUAGUACAUUCGGCAGCUGUAACUUUAGAUAAUGCUGGCCUGAUAAGAUAUGAAAAACGUUCCGGAAGUAUACAGCCCACAGAUUUAGGAAGAGUAGCUGCUCGUUAUUAUGUAACUUACCAUACUGCCACAAUCUAUUCGGAAAAUAUAUCUUUGAAUUUAACUGAAGUAGAUAUAUGUAGACUAAUUACUUUGUCGAGUGAAUUUUGCUUUAUGAGAGUAAGAGAAGAAGAGAAACUUGAGCUCGAAAGAUUAGCGGAACGGACUCCUAUUCCCAUCAAAGAGUCUUUAGAUGAGCCAACUGCAAAAGCGAAUGUUUUGUUACAAAGUUAUAUUUCCAAAUUGAAAUUGGAAGGUCUAGCUUUAGCUGCUGAUGCUGUUUUCAUUUCACAAUCGGCUGGAAGACUUGCAAGAGCACUAUUUGAAAUUUCCUUACGUCGUAGAUAUGCUCAAGUAUCUCUUCGUUGUUUGAAUUUAGCAAAAGCGAUUGAUCGACGAAUUUGGCCACAUUCGCAUACGCCUCUUCGACAGUUCUCUUCGCAUCUUCCUGAAGAAGUAUUGAAGCGAAUUGAAAGAAAAACGGAUUUGGAAAUCGAACAGUACUUGGAUUUAUCUCCUGCCGAGUUGGGAGAGCUGUUCCGAAGUCCUAAGGAUGGUAAGACGAUUCAUCGUCUUUUGCAUUUAUUGCCCAGAAUGGAACUGGCGGUUCAUGUUCAACCCAUAACUCGCUCAACGAUUCGCAUGGAAUUGACGUUGACUCCGGAUUUUCUUUUUGAUUCCAAGGUUCAUGGUGCAGGAGAACCUUUUUGGAUAUGGGUCGAGGAUCCUGAUGGAGAGAACUUAUUGCAUGUAGAGCCUUUUUAUCUUCGUGCAAGUUUAAGCCAAGAGGAACAUACUGUAGCCUUUAUUGUCCCAGUUUUGGAUCCUUUACCUCCCCAAUACUUCAUACGAUGUAUUAGUGAUCGAUGGAUAUCUCCUGAAGUCACAUUGCCAGUUUCCUUUAAGCAUCUUAUUCUUCCAUCCAAAUUUUCUCCUUUUACAGAUCUUUUGGAUAUGCAACCUUUGUCUGUAUAUAGUGCAUUUCGUUCUCCUCUCGAAAAAGAAACUGAAGCCAUGUGGUAUGUUUUGAGUGGAUUGGAAGCUCAUUUUUCAAAGUCAUUUGAACAUUUCAAUCCAAUACAAACCCAAACAUUUGCGGCUAUAUUUAAGACAAAUGAAAAUAUUUUCGUUGCUUCUCCUCCUGGUUCGGGCAGAUUGGUCCUAAUAGAACUUGCACUGGGCAGACUUUUUGCUUUAGAUCCUGCUGCGACGGCAGUUUAUGUCGUAGCCAAAGAAGAUUUGGCACAACGUCGUUUGGAAGAGUUGAAUUUGGGAUUAGCCCAAGUAUUAGGGUUUUCAGUACAUUAUAUGACGGGGGAGUCCACCAUUGAUCUUGGCUAUUUGGCGGUUCCAGGUUCAGUGUUGAUUGCCACGCCGGAGCGUUGGGAUGCCCUUUCUCGUAGGUGGAAACAUCGCAAAGCAGUUCGUCAAGUUUCUCUAUUCAUUAUUGACGACUUACAUUUGGUAAGUUGUGGAAUUGGGGGUGGUAUUGGUAAUAGAAAUGCAGUAAAUGGUGUGGCAAUGGAAAUUUCUUGUUCAAGAAUGCGUCUCAUGUCUCAUCAAGUCUCAGCGGCGGGAGGAAAACCUUGUCGAAUGAUUGGUCUUUCAGAUCCCAUUGCGAAUGCCAGAGAUUUGGGUGAUUGGCUAUUUGUACCUUCCCAGUAUAUUUUCACUUUUCAUCAUAGUGCUCGACCUAUACCUCUAGUUACUCAUAUUCAAUCAAAUGAGUUUGGAGGAACAGGAUUUGGAUUUGGAUUGGAUGCAUUUAGCGGUUCAGUCUCAGCUGCAGCAGCAGCAAUGGUUCGUCCUAUUUCAUCAUUACUAAGGAAGUAUUGGAACAACACUGCGUCUUCUGUCAUUAUUUUUGUCCCUUCUCGUAGACUAACGAGGGCACUUGCGACAGAAUUGAUAUAUAAUCUAUCUACACAGCAACUUGACUUCCUUAGUUUAUCUCAACAAGAUAUAGAACCCUUAAAGCAGGAGGUGAAAAGUUCAUCUCUUAAAGAAUGUAUGUCUAUGGGAAUAUUGUUCUGUCAUGAGUCGAUGGAUAACUAUGACCAAAAACUCGUCGAAAAAUUAUUCGGAACAGGUGCUUGUCGACUGCUAAUCACUACUGAAGCUUUUACAUGGACGUCUUCAGUAUGUGCACAAACAGUGAUUAUCGCUGGAACUUCAUUUGGUGGAGCUGGAGGCUCUAGUAGCGUUGGUGGUUAUAGUGAUGCAUUGAGACGUUCAGAUUAUGCAGUUGCCGAUAUUAUGCGUAUGAUGGGACGUGCAGGUAGACCACUAGAAGAUGUCAGUGGUACAUGUGUUAUAUUGACGGAUCCUUCGAGCAAAGAAUAUUAUCAAAAAUUCUUAAAAGAUCCUCUGCCUGUGGAGUCUCAUUUAGAUAUGAUUCUGGCGGACUUGUUAAAUGCAGAAGUUGCAUCGCAUAUUGUAGAAACGAAGCAAGAUGCUGUAGACUUGAUUACAUGGACUUUGUAUUAUCGACGAUUGGCACAAAAUCCCAAUUACUAUGGAAUAACUGGGGCAACUCCGAAACAUAUCAGUGACCAUUUAUCAGAAUGUAUUGAUAAUGCUUUAAAUGAAUUGGAGAAUUGCAAAUGUGUUGCUUUAGAAGGUUUUGAAGAGAAGCAAGAUGAAGAGAUGACUGACGAGAUGCCAAGUAGAAAGGAAGAUGCAGAUACUGCAAUAGGUCCACUUAAUUUGGGUAUGAUAGCGGCAUUUUAUUAUAUACGUUAUACUACUGUAGAAUUAUUUGCAUCGAGUAUAAGUGAAAAGAUUCGUUUAAGAGGUCUUCUUGAAGUAUUAUCUUCAGCAUCUGAAUAUUAUACGGUACCCAUAAGAGUAGGUGAAGAUGAAGUUUUGAGAAAGAUAGCUAGUCAUGCACCAUAUGCUCCUAUUGGAAGUAGUGGAGGAGUUGUAAGAUAUGCAGAUCCCCAUGUGAAAACUCAUAUUCUUUUCCAGUCUCAUUUUUCUAGAAUUCCAUUAAAAGGAGAAUUAGCAGAAGAUAGGGAAGUAGUUAUAGCUGGUGCACCUCGAUUGAUUCAAGCCUUGGUGGAUGUUAUUAGUUCUGCUGGUUAUUUGAAGGCAGCAUUGGCAGCAAUGGAAACGUGUCAAAUGAUUAUUCAAGGAAUGUGGGAAAGAGAUUCUUUGCUUCUGCAGUUGCCACAUAUGGAUAAGGAGCGUUGUGAUCAGUUGAAGGAGAUGGGAGUUGAAAGCGUUUUUGAUUUUAUGGAAAUGGAAGAUGAACAACGUAGACAGUCAUUGCAAGGUUUGAGUAGGCAACAGAUUGCGGAUAUUGUUGACGCUUGUGCAGCUUAUCCCAACGUUGAUUUGAGUUUUCAGCUUAUUUGUGAAGAAAGCUCUUCAUCAGAGGUGGUUUAUCCUGGUUCCACUAUUCGUUUAGUUGCCCAAUUAACACGAGAAGAAGAAGAAGAGACAACGGAAGAGGUUGCCGAUCAUCCCAUUGCUUAUAGUACUCGUUUUCCAGAAAAGAAAGAAGAAAGUUGGUGCGUUUGGUCAUUAAAGGAGGUGGAAAGAGUAACCAAGUCAAGUUAGAAUGGAUGGCACCUAACGAAAUAG